AUGGCUCACAUCGCCCCCCUCCACAGCCUGAAUAAAACCAUCGCACUGGCACAGAUCGAGCUGCAUAUCACAGACACCAAGCUGAAUUGUCGCUCCCCACACGAAGACCCUCCCUCCUUUUCCCCAUACUCAGCCCCGAUGUCGUCUCCCCAGUCUGGUGUGGAUGUUGAGAUCCACGGAUCCAAGCCAGUGGUCGAGCGAGUCACAGCAGACGACCAGCUUGCGCAUGAGUUUGGAUACAAACCCGUCUUCGUUCGCAAGUAUGGUACCUGGUCCAGCUUGUCGUUCGCCUUCAGUGUCGGAGGACUGUUCACUGCUCUGAUGACGACCUUCGCAUACCCUUUACAAGCUGGAGGACCUGCAGCCAUCCUUCGGUAUCCGAGCUCAUCUCUGCGUAUCCGACCGCUGCUGGAGUUUACUACACAAUAUCCCGUCUAUCACCUCCAAAGCUGGUCCCUGUUCUUAGCUGGCAAGCUCACCCCGUUUCAAUGCAUCACAAAAACGCAUGCUGACCUCAGUUGUAGGAUUGCCGCAUGGCUCAAUGUCCUUGGCCAGGUCGCUGCAGUUGCUGCCACGGAGUUCGGUGCUUCCCAAGUGCUCCUGAGUGCGGUGGCUGUCGGCUCUGACUUCACGUUUGAGCCCUCCCAGAGGGCUACCGUGGGAGUGGCUGCAGGUCUCGCUGUGUUGACUGGAGUCAUUAACUCUGUUUCCACAACCUGGAUGGAAAAGAUGCAGAAAACAUUUGUGGUCUUCCACGUCACUGCCGUCGUUGUCUGUUUCAUUACUCUGUUGGCUGUGGAAAAGAGCAAAAACAGUGCUUCGUUCGUGUUCACCAACGUCCAAUCGCAAUCUGGAUGGAAUCCCACGGGCUUUGCUUUCUUGUUUGGAUUUUUGAGUGCUGCAUUCACAAUGACAAACUAUGACGCUACCGCACAUAUCUGCGAGGAAAUCCGCGAUCCGGCGAUAGCCGCACCUCGCGCAACAUGGUAUGCCAAUGUCAUGACCUUCGUUCUUGGGCUUGUGUUGAACAUUGUUCUCUGCUUCUGCAUGAAAGAUCCAUAUACUGUUCUGGCGAACAAAAUAGGCCAACCUGUGGUGCAAAUCUUCUACGAUAGCCUGGGAAAGUCUGGUGCUCUGGCUUUCACUGCUUGUGGUGUCAUCAUCGUCCAAUUCACGGCUAUCGUGUGUAUGCAAUCUCUCAGUCGAACAAUCUUCGCAUUUUCAAGAGAUCGCCUGCUUCCCUUUUCAAGUAUCUGGGCCAAGGUCAACACUCUCACUGGCAUUCCUCUUCACGCUGUUUGGCUGUCUGUACUCUUGCCGAUCGUAAUCAGCCUCAUUGGACUUGGGUCCUAUCAAGCUGUUUCAGCUGUGUUCAAUGUCGCCACGGCAGUCCUUGACCUGAGUUACGCUGUUCCACUCGGCUGCAAGCUGGCUUUCGGCCGCUUUCAUCGAGGACCGUGGCAUCUGGGCGCGUUCAGCGUCUUGAUCAACGUUUACUCUAUUGUUUGGACGUUUUUCAUAACAGUUCUAUUCUUCAUGCCAACUGUCAGGCCAGUGACGGCAGUCAAUAUGAACUAUGCAGUUGCAAUUUUCGCCCUUAUCAUGAUAUUCGCACUAGCCUAUUGGCAGAUCGAGGGCAAGAAGUUCUAUACCGGUCCUGUGGAUGAGACUGUACACGGUAUUGAGCCUGUCAAUGAAUCCAUGGUUAGCGCAGAUGUUGGUCAAGAGACAUACCAAGACAACAAACAAAAUCAUGGCAGAAAAAUGAAACCGAGGUCGUAG